AUGAAUGAGACACAACAUUCCCCACCCCUUCUUCUCUCCGCCCCAGCAACAUCCAAGAGAGAGCUGGCCAAUGCUUGGUGGAGUUUAAGGCUCUGUGGUGCCCUGGAAAUCAAAACGCCAAGUGUGUGUGGGGGUGGGUGGAGAGUCGAGGGCAGACAAGAAGUUGACCAGACCCACAGCGCCCACCAUUUCUGCCCCUCCCCCCAGGGUGCCUCUGUGUCCCUCUCGGAGACGGUGCAGAAAUGGCGAGAAUACCGGCGCCAGUGCCAGGAUUUCCUGACUGAGGAGCCGCCCCCAGCCACAGGUCUAUUCUGUAACCGAACCUUUGACGACUAUGCCUGCUGGCCAGAUGGGCUGCCUGGUUCCUUCGUGAAUGUCAGCUGUCCCUGGUACCUGCCCUGGGCCAGCAGCGUGCUGCAGGGUCACGUGUACCGGUUCUGCACCGCCGAAGGCCUGUGGCUACACAAGGACAACUCCAGCCUGCCCUGGAGAGACCUGUCGGAGUGUGAGGAGUCCAAGCGAGGGGAGAGAGACUCCCCAGAGGAGCAGCUCCUGUCCCUCCACAUCAUCUACACCGUGGGCUACGCACUGUCCUUCUCUGCCCUGGUCAUCGCCUCCGCCAUCCUCCUGGGCUUCAGACAUCUGCACUGCACACGGAACUACAUCCACCUGAACCUGUUUGCAUCCUUCAUCCUUCGAGCUCUGUCCGUUUUCAUCAAGGAUGCGGCCCUCAAGUGGAUGUACAGCACGGCUGCCCAGCAGCACCAGUGGGACGGCCUCCUCUCCUACCAGGACUCUCUGGGCUGCCGCCUGGUGUUCCUGCUCAUGCAGUACUGCGUAGCAGCCAAUUACUACUGGCUCCUGGUGGAGGGCGUGUACCUGUACACGCUGCUGGCCUUCUCAGUCUUCUCCGAGCAGCGCAUCUUCAGGCUCUAUCUGAGCAUAGGCUGGGGUGUCCCCCUGCUGUUUGUUGUCCCCUGGGGCAUUGUCAAGUACCUCUUUGAGGAUGAGGGCUGCUGGACCAGGAACUCAAACAUGAAUUACUGGCUUAUUAUUCGACUGCCCAUUCUCUUUGCUAUUGGGGUGAACUUCCUCAUCUUCAUCCGGGUCAUCUGCAUUGUGGUGUCCAAACUGAAAGCCAAUCUCAUGUGCAAGACGGACAUCAAAUGCAGACUUGCCAAGUCCACGCUGACGCUCAUCCCCCUGCUGGGGACCCAUGAGGUCAUCUUUGCCUUUGUGAUGGACGAGCACGCCCGGGGGACACUGCGCUUCAUCAAGCUGUUCACGGAGCUCUCCUUUACCUCCUUCCAGGGGCUGAUGGUGGCCAUCUUGUACUGCUUUGUCAACAAUGAGGUCCAGAUGGAGUUUCGGAAGAGCUGGGAGCGCUGGCGGCUGGAGCACUUGCACAUCCAGAGGGACAGCAGCAUGAAGCCCCUCCAGUGUCCCACCAGCAGUGUGUAUGCAGCCACCUGCCAGGCCUCCUGCGGCUAGGGCUCCAGCACCUGCCCUCCCUGUGGCCUCGUGCUGGCUGGGUGGCCAUCCCAGGUGGGACAGGCCUUCCUGGGGACAGAGGAAGGGGGGGUUACACAUGCACACAUACAUCCCUGGUUUCCUUUCCCAAACCCAUCAGACAGGCAAAUGGGCAGUGCCUCCUGGGACCUGUGGACACAUUUUCUCUGAGGAAAAGCAGCCUGCUAAUUUGAUCACUGUGGCUGGAGGAGAGGAAAAAACGAUUGCUGCUAAAAUGAGGAGGAUUUCUUCCCGUUAAGCCACAAGGCCCCUGGGGUUCCCCCAGACAGAGCAGCAAAUCAGCCCAAAUUCAAACUCAAGGUCAAUGGCUUAUUAGUGGGCAUAGGGCUUGCAGUAGGAGGUGGCUCUGAUAAAUCCCGGUCAGAGGCACAGGUUGGGGGUUGUGAGAAGUGCUUGCCUCCAGUUUGGGGUCACUACCCCUAUCUGCUUCUCACUAACAGAAGCUGUUCGUAGGUCUGGGUUGCUUAUCUCCCUCGUCUUGUUCCCUUGUCUUUCCACCCAAUUUCUCUUUGGGGCCUUUGUUUGGGCCACCAGCAGCUAUUUCUAGACAUGGCUGUGGAUGGUGUGGAGAAUAAACAUUGGAAAGGUGCCUGAAGCUUUCUUUUGCUGGUACCCGCUUCUCCCCUGGUGUUUUGAGUUACUUUGGUGCCUGUUUCCACCAGGCCCAGGGAGCCAAGGCAGGCCCACCACUGAUGAUCUGACCCUGGGUAUCUAAAGAUGCUCAAGGUUCUGGGGUUCACCUAGGGAACUUUGGGGAUGUUCACACAGAGGGUGUAGAUUACCUCCGCUGUUGGGGACCCAGGGGACUGAAAGAGAUUGCCUCCACAUCUCCACAGAAAUACUUUUUAUUUGUGAGAGGACUAUGUAUCAUACAUGGGAGUUUGGUGCACCCUCUGUCAUUAGGGGAUGUGACCAAGAAAAAUGCUUCCGGGGAAACCAUCCACUCCCAUUGUCACCAGGGAGAAAUUUUCCAACCAGGGAGCUUUAUAUGUGCUUUAUUUGUUUUUCAUUUUAUUGCUGUGAACAAUCUGUGUAAAUGUGCAAUUCUGAUUUCUCACACCUGCUGAAAUAAGAACUAAAUCAUUGUGGUGGUUGUGAUGUUGUUUGGGGGAGUGAAGUAGUAAUUGAUUUUUGAGCUAAUUAGUGUUUACCUUGCUUCAGUCCUAUCUCAUAAAGAAUGAGCAGCAGAGAGGA